AUGUCUGUGAGAACAUCGUCAAGAACCACCAAGGGCCGUAACAAAUAUAUGCAAUCUAUAAUGCAAGAGGAAGAACAACUCUACCAGCAACAGUUGGGCGGGUCCAACACACAAUCGGGCUCAGGGAUGCCCCAACAAGAAAAUGAACAGAAGGGAGACGAUGAUGAUGACUAUGGUGAGGGAAGUGUUAGGUGUCCCGUAUGUGGUACCACAGAUGAGAACUACGAUCCUUCAACUGAUACACGCGGUGAUAUGGUCCAAUGCGAUGGCUGUGAUAUGUGGCAGCAUAUAAGGUGUAUGACCGGUGGGCUAGAUACCAUUGACAGUCUUUUGACUGAUGACCAAAAAUAUUUCUGUGAUCAAUGUGAUCCCUCAAGGUAUCCUCACCUACAUGCAGGAAAUAAAGAGAGAAAUGAAGAGGAGGUAGAUGAUGAAGAUCAUGAUGGUAAUUAUAAGCCACCGGUGGAUGAAACUGUAGAUCCUAAGGAUCUCUAUCUGGAACACGAACCAAAGAGUCCUCUCACGACCCCCGUAGCUAAGAACAAGAAAAGAUCAUCUGUAAGUGAUUCAACGACUACGACGAAGAGGAGAAGAUCAUCAGCUAACUCCAAUACUAAUAGCAAACAAAAGCAAGAGGAACAAGAUAAUAAAAUGAGGGCCAAUGCCUUGAAAAUGUUUAUUGAUCUUUUCACAAAGUUUAUUAUUCCCGAUACCAUGAAUGCGAAUCUAUAUAGUUUACCUGCUGGGAAGGAUAUAUCGCAAGUGGCCACAGAAUUAGCCACCAAAUUAGAAAAGGAGCUUUCGCUUGCCUGGUUCGAUAUGGAAAACGAUAAGCUGAGUAAAUUUUAUCCUGAAAGGGUAAGAAGUCUUUUUGCAAAUUUAAAGGACAGUAAGAAUAUAAGUUUGAAAUCUCAUGUUAUUAAUGAGACGUUAGAUUAUGCCAAAUUGGUUCGAAUGAAUGCAACAGAAUUAGCAAAUCCUGAUUUACAACAUUUUAAAGAAAAGGUGGACACAGAGACUUUAAAUCAAUUAAUAAUUGAAAAACCAACCAAGCCAUUAUAUAUAAAGACACAUAAGGGUGAUGAACUGAUUGAAGACAUUAAUGAUAAUAAUGAUCUUAAUAAUGGUAUUGGAAAUGAAGAUGAAACUUUGAAUGACACUAUAUAUGCCAGGAGUAGUAUUUCCAGGCGUCAUGAUGAAGAAAUAGCCAUGGCUAAGGAACAUGUUGAAAGGGAGAAACAUGAAACGCAUGAUUCUGAAAGUGAAGAUGCAGUUGUUGAAGAGGAAAAGGAAGAGGCAGCAGUUCUGUCGGGAGAAACUGCUCCACCAAUGAAGAUAAAAAUUAAAUAUCCUGAAUUUGAGUAUGAAUUUUCUGGUAUUUCAAUGUAUGAUGGAGUUUCGAUACAUCUUGCCAAUAACCCUAGAUAUAGUUGCUUUGGUGAUGGUGAUUUGGUUAUUGAAGGUCGUUUAUCUUCUGCAAGAGUUUUCGAUUAUUUAAGACAAGUUCCUGUUGGUAGAGGUGUACUUUUAUUCCAAUUGAAGUUCAAACAGGGUGACAAUGAAGAUAACACUGGUUAUUUUAAGUUAUUAGAACAUUUAUUAAGUGAAGACAAAGUAGUUGGUAUAAAGAAUAAGGAAAAUUACGAGAAAAAUAUUUAUUUGAUACCUUGUGAUAAUAAAGAUCGUCAUUCUGAUCUUUAUAAAUUAAUUGCCAAGGGUCAACGAUCCGAUGAGGGGUACAAAGGACUUUUAGAUACCAAUGCCAGGACAUUUUUCUUAGUUGUUGUUGUCAAACCAGAAUUAAUAUGA